AUGGCCUCCUUCUUUCCGACUCCACUUUGCCACUUCCGAGGAUUCCUUUUCUCCGGGAUAACAGAUGCCCUCCGGAUUCGCAGUCUUUCUGCAAAAGUGAUCCGCGCACACAUAAGACUGCCACUUGCCCAAAUCCCACCUCCUUUCCCAAAUGUUUCACCAGCACACUGGCGCCGGUUUUGGGAGUCGCGCCUUCCUCUUCGACUUUAUACCAUAUGGUGGAGAUUGAUGCACACAAAGAUUCCCAGUAGUCGACAGCGGCUAUUUAGUCAUAACGUAACGGAUAUAGAGGACCCUUACUGUGUUCUACGUGGCGAACUCGAAGAUGAUGAACAUCUAUUCUGGGCAUGCGCUUAUAAACAACCUGUUUUGGCAACAAGUUGCAACUCGGCUCCUUAUCAAUCCUACCUCUCUUACGUUUUAAUACCUUCUCCUUCAAUCUUCUCCGUUGACCGUGCUAUUUGGGAAGCUCACUUCCGCUAUUUCUUCAAUAAUAUUCCCUUUGUCACUAACCGAAGUGCAUUCAUUGUCGUCGUAAUUGCUGUAUCUGUAUCUGUAUCUGUAUCUACAUCUGCACCUGUAUCUGUUAGCUGUGGUUAUAGUGAUAAUGAUAAUGGUAGUGGUAGCUAG